AUGUGGAAAUAUCAUCAGCASUURCACAAGAAGUUACAUCGUUCACUCUUAGCUUUUGGUUGAAGCCUGAAUCAUCGUACAAAAACAUCCUUCGGAUCUUUUCUUACUACGACAAUAACGGGGACACUGAUAUGUCCCUGGCGAUUAAAGACGAUGGUGUAGCAGAGAUAAAUGUCGCAGGUGGCUCAGCAGCUCUUGACUCGCACAUCACCAUGGAUGACACUUGGCAGAACUUUAUUAUCGUAUGGAGAAACAGCGACGGAUUACUCAGACUUUUCAAAAAUGGUGGAAACAAGGAGUCUGAAAAGGCCUCUGAAGGUAAAAAGGUCAAGACUGGCGGGACGAUGUAUUUGGGUCAGAAGCAUAAAGAUGAUGGGUUCGACAAAACCAAGUUAAUGAGGGGAAGUAUUGCAGACUUUGAAAUUUGGAGCAACUGGAUAACUGAUGGCACGGCAAUCAAAAUAUACAAUUAUAAUUGUCAAACUGCGGCUAAUUUUAUACCAGGAGAUAUCCUGUCUUGGGAUAAAAUAUUGAAAUCCGCGAUAAAAGGAAAGGCUGAACGCAUCUGUCCUAGUACAUGCAAGAAGCCUUAGSCUCAGAUACAGCAUACAAUCUGGGUAUUUAGAAUAGUUCACCGGUCUACAGAACCAGAUACAAUUCUAAAGAAUUCCUGUGCAAUUUUUUUGGAAACGCAUGUUUAUGAUAUCGUGUUCAGGGACAAGCAGGGGGGGCUGGGGGGCUAUAGCCCCCCAGUAAUUUUUCUGCCAUUUUGAAUUUUCUUAAAUAAAGAGACGCAGAGCCUCCUUAUGAAAUUUCACUUUUCUUUGUAUUUAAGAUUGUGUAAAAACCAAGCAUGAAAAAUUAUUGAACCUUUUCGCGAGGUAUUUGGGACUUUUGUGAAUAUCGUGUGAACGUGUGUGCGGUUUUAGCGGUCAGAAAUAUGUCUGGGAUAAUGCUUCAAAACGCUGGAAAUGACAUUUCCGAGAGUUAAGAUUUCAAAAUUUUCCGGUGUGUAAUUCCCCCGGAUUCCACCUAGUACCUCCUGCCUUUGCAGCCGAUAACUCCCCCCCCCCACACCAAAACAAAUUACCGCUCCGCGGUCCCUGGUGUUUAUAGGUUUUUUUGCACAUGCACUAUUCGAACUAAAUUAAUUAUGUAUCGAUCGAAGUUUAAAGGAACAUGGCAUCACUUUCGAGCUUUUGUUUAUGUUUGACAAUAAAACUGAA